GUCUCUGCCUUCGUCCUCGCGUUAAAACCCUACAGUUUCUGUGCACAAACCCUCUUUCUCUUCGAGGUGAAGAUUCAAGCUUUGAAAACAUGCCGCAAGGUGAUUACAUAGAGCUUCACAGGAAGCGGCAUGGCUAUCGCCAUGACCACUUCGAGCGCCAGCGCAAGAAGGAAGCUCGUGAAGUGCAUAAGCGCUCUGCCAUGGCCCAAAAGGCGUUGGGUAUUAAGGGUAAGAUGUUUGCCAAGAAGCGGUAUGCUGAGAAGGCCCUCAUGAAGAAAACAUUGGCUAUGCAUGAGGAGUCAUCACAUAGGCGUAAUGUUGAUGAUGAAGUCCAUGAGGGAGCUGUUCCUGCCUAUCUGCUGGAUCGUGAACAGACAGCACGUGUAAAAACUCUUAGCAACACUAUAAAGCAAAAGAGGAAAGAGAAAGCUGGUAAAUGGGAGGUCCCUCUGCCCAAGGUGAGACCUGUGGCCGAAGAUGAGAUGUUUAAAGUAAUCAGAUCUGGUAAACGAAAAACAAAGCAGUGGAAGAGAAUGGUCACAAAGUGCACAUUUGUAGGACCUGGUUUUACAAGAAAACCUCCCAAGUAUGAGCGUUUCAUCCGUCCUUCAGGGUUGCGAUUUACCAAAGCUCAUGUUACACAUCCUGAGCUAAAAUGCACCUUCUGCCUUGAUAUCAUUGGGGUGAAGAAAAAUCCUAAUGGUCCAAUGUAUUCCUCUCUUGGUGUGAUGACAAAGGGAACCAUCAUUGAGGUGAAUGUUAGUGAAUUGGGUCUUGUCACACCAGCUGGCAAAGUUGUAUGGGGAAAAUAUGCUCAAGUAACAAACAACCCAGAGAAUGAUGGUUGUAUAAAUGCAGUUUUGCUUGUGUAAGUGAGUUGGUGUUGGGGCCAAAAUAGGAGUGGGUUGGUCAUUGGUGGAGGCAAAACAUGUAUCAACAAAAUGAGUUGCUUUGCCUUAAUAUCAUGUUAUCUGCAAUUUUGUUAGGUAAAAUGUGUUUAACUUCUUAUUCUUUUGUACUUUGACCAUGCCAAAUGGAUGUUCAAUUCUUUAGAUAUCACAUUCAGUUUUGCUUUGUUCUUUGUAACCUGGGUAUAUGUCAUUCUGCUUUGGUAUUUUAGGUGAAUAGGUUAUAAUGGCUGUAUUUUACCGAUCAACAUCUUAUUUAAGUUUUACAAACGAUGAUGAUGAAUGAUUGAUGAUAUAGUAUGAUUAACCUUGUGUUGCUCAGAAGCCUAUACUGUUUAAACCUGAUCCUCUGAAAUUGGUUUUUAAUCUAAUCAAAUAAUAUCAAUUGGGGGGGACUUAUAAUUUAAACCUCUUUAGAGAUGUUUUGGAUCGGCAAAGCCUUUGGUUUCUGAUGAACCCAUUGAAAUUCAAUUUUAAUUUUAAUUUUUUACUUUUUAUGUCUGUUCUGCCUGCAACUUGAACCACAUGCUUUGCCUAUAUAUAAUAUCAUUUAUUGACUUGAGGAUUGAAGGAUUAUUUAUUCUGUGGAUGAUACUGACCUUCCCGGAUUUUUUAAGGAGGUUGCUUAAGGGGUUUUCUGCCUUUUGUUGUCGUGGAAGUGAAGGUGCAGGUAAAUGCCUUUCGUAUAUGCUUUGCCUGGUGGUCACAACUCACAAGCCUUGUACAGGAGGAAAGUAGUCUAUUUUGCCUUGGAAGUAUGAUUAUAGUAGAUUUAUUUGGAAAGUAAAAACUUUCUAAAUAAAAAGUUGAUGUCUAA